GACGCUUUUUGCUGUUACACUGAUGUUGAGAAAGCUGACGCAAGAAAAGCCGGCUCCACAAACACGCAACGGUUACGGGUAAAAUAUGACAGACUGUCAGGGAGACAGUGCUUGUGAAGUCCCCAUGGAACUUUACGAGAUAUUGAACCUUCAAGGAGACAAAAUCCGAGCCCUAAAGGCAGAGAAGGCAGCUAAAGCCGAGAUUGAUGCUGCUGUACAGCUGCUGCUGAAGCUGAAGGUUAAUUACAAAAAAAUCACAGGGCAAGAAUACAAGGCUGGUUGUCCUCCCACUGCUGCUGUUUCAAUCAGCAAUCAGGGACCCGCUGUAGAGGAUGAAGAUGACCAUGUGGACCCCUGGAACGUGUCCACCACCAGCGCCAAAGGAGUAGAUUACGACAAGCUCAUAGUGAGGUUCGGGAGCAGUAAGAUUGAUCAGGAGCUGGUCGACAGAAUAAGCAGAAUCACAGAGCAAACACCUCACCGCUUCCUCCGCCGAGGAAUCUUCUUCUCUCACAGAGACAUGCAUCAGAUCCUGGAUGCUUACGAGAACAAGAAGUCGUUCUUUCUAUACACUGGCAGAGGGCCUUCCUCAGAAGCGUUGCACGUAGGCCACCUAAUUCCCUUCAUCUUCACUAAGUGGCUUCAAGAUGUGUUUAAUGUACCUUUGGUCAUCCAGCUGACCGAUGAUGAGAAGUAUCUGUGGAAGGACCUGACGCAGGAGCAGUGUUAUCGCUUUGCUGUGGAGAACGCCAAAGACAUCAUCGCCUGUGGAUUUGAUGUCAACAAGACCUUCAUUUUCUCAGAUCUACACUAUAUGGGCAUGAGUUCAUCAUUCUAUGGAAAUGUGUUGAAAAUACAGAAGCAUGUCACUUUUAACCAAGUCAAAGGCAUAUUUGGAUUCACGGACAGUGAUUGCAUUGGAAAGGUCAGUUUUCCUGCAACACAAGCAGCUCCUUCCUUCAGCAGCUCUUUCCCACAGAUCUUCAAUGGCAGGACAGAUUUGCAGUGUCUCAUUCCCUGUGCUAUUGACCAGGACCCAUAUUUCCGCAUGACGCGGGACGUAGCUCCACGUAUAGGCUACCCCAAGCCUGCUCUUCUACACUCCACGUUUUUCCCUGCAUUACAAGGAGCUCAGACCAAGAUGAGUGCCAGUGAGCCGAACUCCUCCAUCUUCCUGACCGACACAGCCAAACAGAUCAAAACGAAGAUCAACAAGUAUGCAUUCUCUGGGGGGAAAGACACUACAGAGGAGCACAGAAAAUAUGGAGGAAACCCAGAUGUGGAUGUGUCAUUCAUGUACCUGACCUUCUUCCUAGAGGAUGAUGAACAGCUGGAGAAAAUCCGACAGGAUUAUAUCAGUGGUGCACUCCUGACUGGCGAACUUAAGAAAUGUCUAAUUGAAACCCUUCAACCAAUGAUCGCAGCUCACCAAGAGAGACGCAAACAAGUAACAGAUGACAUAGUUGAGCAGUUUAUGACUCCACGGAAGCUAGAUUUCAAUUUCUAGGAUAAGGAAGGAAAUGAAACUGAAGGGGGAAGAAAGAGGAACCGUGAGCCGUUUGUUAUACAAAGGCUGUUGUAGCUCCAUGUCCAGCAUCACACCAUCUACCACACCCCACGACCAAGCAUAGGCUUUCACUCAAAGAAAAUAUGACUAGACGAUGAUGUUCGACACAGCAUCACAUUGAUGUUCAGCAAGAAGUCAUCCAAAUAAGCCAGAUGAAUGACAUGCCCUGUUCAUCCCAUAUUUAACCAUCACUCGGCAUGAAGUAGCCAUUAUGGUUUAUGUGUACACUGUUUCUGUAAGAGUUUCAAGAUGUUUACAUUUUGAGAAUAAAUAUAAAUCCAUUGAAAAUA